GUUAAAUAUUUGUUUCAUAAACUUUCGACGCUAGAUACUUAUAAAGUAUUUGCGUGGUUAACUGCUGUCCAAUUUUGCAGAGGAAUAUAAAAAAAAUGGCAAAGCCAACAUUUCAGACUCCAUACGACUCUAAUCCAAUUUUCAACCCGCCUAUGCCGUUUGUGCAAAACUUUGGCGGCCUGUACCCCAACAAGAUGAUCGUCAUAAGCGGCAUACCCAUUUCGUCGAUAUUAAGGAGCAGCAGGUUCACUAUAAACUUUGAGCAUGGUGAUGACAUCGCGUUCCACUUCGACGUCAGGUUUGAUGGCAACGUUAUCGUACGGAACACCCAGCAGAGAGGUAUCGGUUGGGGCAGAGAGGAAAGGGACAGUGAAUGGUUUCCAUUUAGCCAUGACGUUUGGUUUGAAAUGAUGAUAAAGGUCGAAACGUCAAGCUUUAAGGUUGCAGUUAACAAUCAGCAUCUGUUGGAGUACUGCCACCGUCUUCAGCCAUUGGGGCGCUUCGACUCCCUCCGAAUCACCGGAGACCUUCGUCUGACACAGGUCCGUUUCCAUGGAUAAACAGUUCCUGUUAUUAAUGUCAGUUCACCAUCGGUGUAAAAGAAUGUGACGUCAUUUUAAACAAAAGUGGUUAGAAUUUGUGAUGACAUUUUUUCAUGUUUCUGUUGAAAGUAAUUGGCAUUUCGUCUUAAGUUUAAUUCGAGAUACGUUUUGUUACUUUUUGUUCUUUUGCAUAAAAUACAUUAUCAUCUUUCUAGUGUGGGAUAAAAAAGAAAGUGGUGCAUAAUAUGUUUCACAUAAUCAUACUCAUUGUACAGCAAGUAUUGAUUGUCCAUUUGCAUUACAUUUCCGUACAAUUUAGAAAUGUUAACAUUUCAAUGUGUUAUUUCCUUGCCCGUUGGAUUGCCCUCCUUUAUGAGCGACGGAGUCAGGCGGAGCUCAAAAUUAAAGUUUGCCUAUUACAUUCAUUUGUAAAUAUCCCUUAAAUGUAAUACAGUAUCACAAUAAAUAUUUGAACUGCUA